AUGGAGGCUCGCAAGCAAAGCGUUCCCGAGAACUGCGCCAGCUCUGGCCCUGGCAAUCUUGGAACAGUCCAGGGGCCAGUUCCUGGACUCAACGGGCCGUUUGAGGGUCUAGUGGGUCGGGAACAAUCGCCUUCUCUUGUCCGGAAUCCCAACGGCACGUCCCUCAUCCACUUUUACCAGGAGGCCAAAUUAUUAACAAUCACAUUCGGGCCGGGCUUCACCUGCGUCUCGAGGUAG